AUGACAAACUCGCGCAACAACUCAAUCAACUCAUUGAUCGAUGAAUUGUCGGACUUAUUAUCGGAAACCAAAUCCAAGCCCACCGUCAAAGAUGACGAAACAAACCAGAAGUCGUCAAACAGUAAGACAAUUGAAGACAUAGACGUGAAUACAUUGCAGACAUCGUUGGAGACAAUCGCAGAAAUGCUUGAACGCGAUGAUUGUGACCAAUAUUUUCACGCACUCUUCCCAUUGAUAUUGCAUUUGAAAACUAGUAUAAACUCUUUGUUUUGGAUCAAUUCGGGUGAUAACAAACAGUUCAGUCCAAACUCGGCUGAACUCACGUACUCUAACGUGAAUCUCAACUCCAUUUGGGAAACAAUUAGCUAUAAAAUCGAGAAAUUAAUUAUGAAUUCAAUGAUUAGAUGCGAUUACUUUGAAAACGAGUUGGACUUUGAAAGGGUUUGCUCUGAAUUGGGUUUCUUGUAUGACUUGAAGGAUAAUAAGUUAGACAAACAGACGUUUAACGAGGGGUUAGACAUAUGGAGACUGUUUGAUACGAUAAGAGUCUGCAAACUGGAGUCGGAUGCCAUUGAAUCCACUGAUAGACCCAUUGACUGGUUUCUGAAUCGUCUAGUUUUGAUGAUUAACUUUGAUCUCAGAUUAUAUAAAAGUGGUUAUUUCGGGGCUAUUAGUCUGCAAUACAGUCAACUCGUUAUGCCAUACAUACAGACAUUGAAAGUCCGAUUCACGGCUGAGUUAUCUCUACUCAACACAAACAUUGAUAAUUUGAUUGCACUCUUGAAAUGUAUGAUACAAUUGGACCGGAAUUUAGAGCAAAUAAAGCAAGAAUUUCCGCGACUUAUGGAAAGUCCCGAAACUGAUGAACAGUUUGAGUUCAAUUGGAAAGCAGUCAUUGAGUCCAACAUUAAUGUGAAUUUGUUUCACAAAAUGUUUAGUCAUUUCAACGAUUAUGAAUACCUCUGUUGUUUGGACUCGUUUAAGACAUUCCUCUCGUAUGCCAUCUCUGCUAAUAUCAUAGACUUCUUUGUCCACCACUUUAAUGAUGUCAAGCAUAACAGUUGGACAGAGUUUGACGGGUCAACCAUCUUAAGCACCGAACCCCGUAUCUGGUGGUACACCGCUCUCGAGGGGAUAAUCACACCAUUAGUUGACAAACAUUUAAUGCAUAAUCUAAAGGCAUUGAUAAAUAAGUCGCUGAUCUCAUCGGUGGUCACUCCAGAGAUUAAAGAGAUAUACACUUCUAAUCAACUCAUAUACGAAGGCAUGACUUGUUUAUAA